CACAAUCAUUUCGUCUAAUAAUAAUAAAUCAAAAUUUUCAAUUUAUCUAUUUUGGUUCCGCUAAAGACAUCGUUGAAGAUUUUUAAACUUAAUUAUGUAACAAAGACACCAGUCGCAGAUGGCGCCACUAUUUGUUUAUUUACACUAGAACUGUCAAUUCUGUCAUAUUAUUUAUUUAUUUAUUUCUUUUUUAAAUUAUAUGGAACAGCCGGAGCAGCCUCCCCAACCUCCCUCAGCUGAGGUCCCCCAAGUCGAAGUGACGGUUCGAGAUGCUCUCCACUCUUUGACUGCCGUCAAUCAAGAUCUGUUUCUCCUGGACUACGGUAAUGUUAUCAUUCAAAGGCGCUACCAAAGCCUUAAAACUGUUCGCCUGCUGGGGGGCGGUCUCGGCGGCGGCGAUUUAUGUCAAGCCAUUUGUGUGGGACGAGGCAUGCUUACAGCGGCUAUUCUCGGGGAAGACAGCGUCCCCAGUUCGCGCGAUAUCUUACGGACUAUCAAGGAGUUGAACGAAGGAGACAACUGUGGCGUUUUUGUGAUAGUACAAGCGGGUCCUGAUUUGUUUAACUUCGGGCUUGCGGUGGAGAGAGCUAACGCUGACUGCCGGUCAAGGGUUAAAUUGCUGUCGAUCGACGACUAUAAGGGCGACGACGAGAAGGUGCGGUACUCGUGUGGGUUUAUUCUCUUGGCGAAAGUAUUAGGGGCUAUGGCCGAACUAGGGUUUUUUUUUGAUGAAAUAUACAACUGCUAUGAAAACAUUGUGGAAAAAAUUGUAACUGUACCUUUACAUUAUGAGCAUGUAGAGGUGGGACUUCUAAAGAGGCAGAGUGUAGUGUUGACACAAGAUUUCGUGAAACGGUUUCAGACAAUCAUUGAUAAAAAGAGUCAGUUUAAUUUGAGUUUACACCCGUCUGUUCCCACAGUGAUUCUCAUAAACACUUCUAGGGCUUUAAGUCGGUUGGCUGAGCUCGGGUUAGUCAAACAAGUAAUCGAGAAACUGAAAGAGUGGGGGGUAUCCAUAAUUCGGUUAUAUUACGGCAGUUUUAUCACAAUGACUUUGAGAACAGCUUAUUUGACAGUCAUGAAAAUAUUUGAUAUGAAGAUCAUUGAGUACCUGGACGCACAGUCAGAUGCAUCUGGUUGGCACCAAGUUUGUCAGUUCCUUCCAGAGAUCACAUUCCAACGUGAAGAAAACCCAGGUUUAUUACAAAAAUCUGGUAAGCAAGAAAUUUUUAAAGGUGCAAAAUUAGGCCAGACCCAAAGCAAAAUCUGUGCCAAAGCUAUAGAAUUCGGUUGUGAAGCUCUGAUGUCCUGUGAGCGCCAGUUAAACACCAUAGAUCAAGAAAAAAGCCGGGGGAAUAUGGGUAGCCGAUUGAGAAAUAUGGCCGAACAUGUGCAAAAACGGUUAAUCAAUAGCAAACUUUCCGUUGAUUGCCCCUACGCCCUAUUCAAAAAAUUAGGCGUAAUGGCGGAGUCGGCAAUAGGCGGCGCUAUGGGCUCAAUUUAUGGGGUACUGUUUGAAACUGCUGCCAACGUUUUCGGGGAUUUACCUGAAGAGGAAGUCGUGACGCCGUUUGUAUGGGCGAGAGUGUAUUCGAUUGCAGCCAAUGCCGUUCAACAGUACUCCACCGAAAGAGACGAUGUAAACAUGUUCUAUCCUAUUAGAUGUGCAGAACAAGUCAUUAGUAAAGAAAUGGCGAAAGGACAACAUUAUCUACAAGCCUUUGGGUUGGGUGUGAGUGUGGCUGAAGAAGCAGCUAUAAGAACGAAGUUACCGUUGUGUAAAUAUCCAGACGUGGGGGCACACGCUGUGGGAAUUUGGAUGAGGGCAGUUUUUGAGGCGGUGAAACUUACAAGUAUGCCGGAUGGAUGUGAUUACUUAUAAAACUUUUGAAUAAAAGAAAUGGCUGCA